AUGGUGUUUUUCAGUCUCAAGAAGAGAUUAUCAGGAAUCGCAGAUUGCAAUUUUGAAGAAUUCCGUGGAAGUUUUCAACAGCUUCAUGAUGUUCUGUGGUUUAACAGUUUCUUGGCCCUCCCUGUCAUUCCAUCUACUCGAGAAUUUCAGAUCAUCAACUCCAACCACUAUCAACACACAUUUCCUAAGAAUUCUUUAGACGCAUGGUCUUCAUCAGUUUGCCACAAAACAUGCAAAAAGAGGAGCAGUGCAACCCUUGUUCUUGAUUUGGAUGAAACUUUGGUUCAUUCUAGUGAGUUUCCAUGCAACGCCGACUUCACGUUCAAAAUGAAGUCGAGAACUAUAUAUGUUAAAAAGAGACCUUAUCUUGAAGAGUUUUUAGAAAAAGUAUCAGAGAUGUUUGAAGUCGUAAUUUUCACAGCUAGUACAAGGUCAUAUUCUGCAAAAUUGCUUGAUAUUCUUGAUCCUCAUAAUAAGUUUUUUUCUCGAAGAUUAUACAGAGAUUCAUGCAAAUGGGAAGAUGGUCACUGUCUCAAGGAUCUCAGACUUCUUGGAAUUGACAUGGCCAAAGUCUUCAUAAUUGACAACACUCCACGGGGCAUAUUUGUUUCUGGUUACGUCUCAAUUGCUCACCCUCUUACUGAUCUUCUCAAGAAAUACAAUUUUUUGUGGAACAAUAUAGCUUAUGCGGCUUUUGCGGAUCUGAAGAAUGCUUUAUCAACAGCACCGGUUUUGGCCAUCUCAAAAUUUGAUUCAGUGUUCACUGUUCAAACUAACGCAUCGGGUAUAGAUAUGGGGGAAAUUCUCUCACAACAGGGUCAUCCCAUUGCUUAUUUCAUUGAGCAAUUAUGUCCAAAACUUCAGAAUUCCUCUACCUAUAAUACGUGA